AGAGAGAGAGUCAUCUGUGUUGGCACUUGCCAGCGAAGAAGGUGAAGGAUCAAAGCUUUCUCUGAGUCAAAGCUGGCAUUUUUUAGGGUUUUUUUUCCGCCCCACCACACCAUCUUAUUUACCCUUAGAAAUUUUGGUUUAAAUCCAUUGCUUCUCUCUGCAUCUCCCUCGCUUUCUCCGGGUGCGUGGGGGGUGUUGAUAUUUCCCCCCCAAAAAAAAAUUUUCUCUUUUAGGAGACGAAAAUGUGGAGGAUUUGAGAUUUGAUGUUUGAAGGUUUUACAACCAUUACAACCAUGUCGACUUCUCCUUCUUUGGCUGGUGGAGAGAAGAGGCAUUGGUGGCUUAGCAACAGAAAGAUUGUUGACAAGUAUGUAAAAGAAGCUCGAGUGCUUAUCGCGACCCAAGAGCAGUCGGAGAUCGCUUCAGCCCUUAAUCUCCUCGAUGCUGCCCUUGUUCUUUAUCCGCGGCUCGAAUCGGCUCUUGAGCUUAAAGCUCGAUCUCUCCUCUACCUCCGCCGGUACAAGGAGGUUGCUGACAUGCUCCAAGAAUACAUACCAAGCUUUAAAAUGGUGUCCGAAGAAUCGUCCCUGUCUUCUGAUAACUCGUCCCACCAACUCUCGAAGGAACGAGUGAAGCUCCUCUCCUCUGAUCACUCCCCUUCUGACUCUACAGAUAAAGACCCUACCUUCAAAUGCUUUUCUGUUUCGGACCUGAAGAAGAAGGUCAUGGCCGGUCUCUGUAAGAACUGCGAGAAGGAAGGGCAAUGGAGAUACUUGGUUCUUGGUCAAGCUUGUUGCCAUCUUGGGUUGAUGGAAGACGCUAUGGUCCUCCUUCAAACGGGAAAACGUUUAGCUUCCGCAGCAUUCAGGAAGGAAAGCGUGUGCUGGUCUGACGACAGCUUCUCCGCCAACUUCGCUGCAAGCAGCGAUCGAAGCAACGCCAAUCCUCCGACUACCCCAACAGACUCGGAGUACGUCGCUCAACUCCUUGGGCACAUCAAGCUCCUCCUCCGCCGCCGCACUUCCGCUCUCGCAGCCUUAGACGCAGGGCUCUAUUCGGAAGCCAUCAGGCACUUCUCUAAGAUAAUUGAUAAUCGCCGUGGUACUCCACAGGGCUUCCUUGCCGAGUGCUACAUUCACAGAGCUUCGGCCUAUAAAGCCGCCGGCCGGAUUGCAGAGUCGAUUGCGGAUUGCAAUCGGGCCCUUGCACUUGAGCCAGCCUGCAUCCCUGCUCUCAGUACUCGAGCCAGCCUCCUUGAAACCAUCCGAUGCUUUUCCGAUUGCCUGCGUGAUUUGGAACACUUGAAGCUCCUCUACGAUUCCAUCUUGCGGGACAGGAAGCCUCCUGGCCCUGCUUGGAAGCGUCACAACGUCAGGUACCGUGACGUCCCUGGCAAUCUGAAGGGCUUGAGUUUGAAAAUCCAGGAAUUGAGGCAGAGAGUGGUAUCAGGGGAGACAGGCAAUAUAGAUUACUAUGCAUUGAUUGGAUUGAGGCGGGGCUGCUCGCGUUCGGAAUUGGAGAGAGCCCAUUUGUUACUUACCUUGAAGCAUAGGCCAGAUAGGGCCAUUGGUUUUAUUGAUCGAUGCGAGUUUGUGGGUGAUCGUGAAGUUGAUUCCGUGAAGGACCAAGCAAGGAUGUCAGCAUUGGUAUUGUAUCGGCUUCUGCAGAAGGGGUAUUCGACGGUGAUGACCACGAUCAUGGAUGAAGAGGCAGCUGAGAAAAAGAGGCAGAAGGCAGCAGCUGCAAUGCAACAAGUCCAAGUAAUCAUCUCUGAGCAGAAGUUGGAAAGCGAGAAGAGUAGUAAUAAACCACAAGCAGUGGAGAUAAAACAGAGGAGCCGAAUUGAUUCAUCAGAUUACAGUGCAGUAGUGAAUGAAGUCACAGAGACGAACAAUGCAGCUGCGGCUGCCACUGCAAAUGCGGUAUUCCAGGGCGUAUUCUGUCGGGACAUUUCCGCGGUUGGGAAUUUGCUUUCGCAGGUUGGGUUCAACCGUCCAAUAACGGUGAAGUAUGAAGCAUUAAGCUGCUGAGAUGUGUGUUCUUAAGACCGAAGAAAUUGGUAAUGGAGGAGACCUCUCUCAAUU